UGACAUUUAAUUACGAAUACGCAUGUACGUAAAAUGUCAUUGUUCUUUGACAUACGUCAUUCUACAUGUUUUAAUAUUCCAAAAUAUUCUUGAAAAUUAGUUAUUGUUUAGUUUUAAGAAAUGGGUAUAUUAUUUGGAAAAUCUUCGAAAAGUCGAGUUACAGAUCAAGAUAAAGCGAUCUUGCAAUUAAAACAAACACGAGAUAAAAUCAAACAAUAUCAAAAGAAAAUCGAGUUAAAUUUAGAAAAAGAUCGAAAUAUUGCUAAAAGAUUAUUAUCCGAAGGCAAAAAAGAUCGAGCGAAGUUAUUAUUAAGAAAGAAAAAGUUCCAGGAGCAAUUAUUAAUUAGAACUGAUAAUCAAUUAGAAAACUUAGAAAAAUUAACUCAUGAUUUGGAAUUUACUCAAGUGGAACAAAGAGUUAUUGAUGGUUUAAAAAUUGGUAAUGAAGCAUUGAAGAAAGCUCAUGAAAUAUUAAACAUCGAUGAAAUCGAAAAAAUCAUGGAUGAUACUCGGGAAGGAGUUGAAAAACAAAGGGAAAUUGAUAUUAUGCUAUCUGGUGCAUUAACUAGUGAAGAUGAAGAGGAUGUAGAAAAUGAAUAUGAAUCAAUGAUUGCCGAACUAAUGCCAUCCACACCCCGGGAUGCUACAGAGGAAAGUCUUAAUUUACCAGAAGUUCCUUCUGAUAUAGAAGAAGUUGAAGAUUCAAGUGAACCAAAGAAGGAAAAGUCCAAGAAAAAGGUGGCUGCAAUGGAAGCAUCUUAAAUAAUUUUUAAUAUAAUAUUAUAUUUUUAAAUAAUAA